AUGCGCUGGUUCCCCUUAGCAGUGGUAGCAGCGUUUCAACAGCCGUUACGCAUGCCGUUGGACGAGUGGGCAGUGGAGCAAUCCCGCCAUUGCGUGGAUGGCAUUCUAGCAAACAUUGGCAAGGACGCCGGCGUGCCGCCCGGGGUGGUGGUGGCGUCGCCGAGCAAACGCCACCCGGACUACUUCUACCAGUGGACUCGCGACUCGGCGCUAGUCAUGUCUACGUUAUUGGAUAUCGCCGCCGCCGAUAAACACUACCGUGACGUCGUGGUGAAAGCAGUGGGUGAUUACGUCGACAAUCAGUAUAAACUCCAGCGAUUGGACACCCUUUCGGGGACGUUUUCUGGCAAUCGCCUGGGGCUUGGCGAGCCUAAGUACUACGUCAACAACACCGCCUUCAAUCAGCUGUGGGGACGGCCUCAGUCCGACGGACCAGCGUUGCGGGUUGUCACCAUUGCUCGCUACUUGGACGUGAUUGGCGACAAAAAAGGCCACAAAAUCUAUGAGGACGUGGUGCGCUACGACUUGGAGUACGUGCUCGAACACUGGCAGCAACCAGGGUUCGAUCUCUGGGAGGAGAUCGAAGGGUUGCACUUUUACACUGCGUUAGUGCAACUGAGAGCAAUUGAGGUCGGGAUUCAGCUUGCUUCGAGGUUCGGGGACAAAAAAUUGUUGGCAAAGCUUGAAGAGGCUACCCCCAAAAUCAUUUCAUUCAUCAAAAACACCUUUCCACGUCGCGGUGUCAUCAUCGAAACCCCUGAGGAAUACAAAAAGGGCAAUCGGCGCAGUAUCGAUGUGGCGGUGGUCCUUGCUAGUCUCCACACUCAUGGAGCAAACUCACUGGUGCCUUUCGAUGUUGACAAUAUCCUUAUCACCAACUCGCUUGGGUUAUUGGUGGAGCAAAUGCGGGCAGAGUACGACAUCAAUAAGAAGAGUAAAGGAGUCGCGAUUGGCAGAUACACUGAAGACAUUUACGAUGGGUAUGAAACGUCUCAGGGCAACCCGUGGUUUCUUGCCACCGCUGGCGUCGCUGAAGCGAUAUACAGAGUCAUCAUCAAGCACCACGAGCAGGACACCGCUAUCAGUUUCGAAUCCACCGAUUGGUUGGCUCGAUUCACCGAUAACACCAGUCUCAAACCGGGCACCCGUGAGUACCUGACUUUCGCUGAGGCAUUGUUUGGUUACGCCGACUCGUUCCUCGACGUCAUCCGCAUUCACAGCGGCGAAGAUGGGUCCUUGAGUGAGCAAUUCAAUCGUCACAACGGGUUCAUGCAGGGUGCACCCAACUUGACCUGGAGUUACGCUGCUGUAUGGCUGGCCAUUCAAGCUCGGUCGAAGGCUCAAACCGUGCUUAAGUCAGUGGCGAAGUUGUGA